AAUAAUACUGAGAGGCGCGGUUCUCCCUCCCAACUUCGUUUCAUUUGAUAAGUUCCGUGCAAAACGUACGUACGGUCAAAACGUUCUACGCCGCGUUCGAAGCAUCUCGUUUACCGUCACGAUGGAUUUAUCGUUACUUUCGUCGCCCUUUACGCUACUGUUGAUCACUCUAAUCGUUAUCGGCGUCCUGAAAGUUGCCGCUAUAGUGUAUAAUGUGUACGUUUUCUGGAAAAAUAAAGGUGUGCCCUACUUGCCAAAUUCGCUAUCGUCUUUUAUAAUGGACUGCAAAAUGUACUUGGCUCGUAUCACUUUUGUCGAUUAUUUUCAAUAUAUGUACGAUUACUUUCCAAAUGCAAAAUAUAUUGGUAUAUUGGAUUUUGGCACGCCUGCCGUGCUACUGCGUGAUCCCGAGUUGAUCAAAGAUGUCAUGGUGAAGGAUUUUGAACACUUCCUGGAUCGUCGCACUUUUGUUGACGAAGACAUGGAACCGCUAUUCGGCAAGAACGUUUCCGCUCUGCGCGGUGAUCGUUGGAGAGAAAUGAGAACUAUAUUAAGCCCGUCUUUUACCGCCAGCAAGAUGAAGUUCAUGUUUGAUCUUGUAUCUAAAUGCUCUAAAGAGUUUGUUGAUUAUUUAGACAACCAUCCAGAAAUCUGUCAAGCGAUCGAGACAAAGGGGGCUUUCAGACGGUACGCAAACGACGUAAUUGCUACCGCAGCCUUUGGCAUAAGCAUUAACUCUAUGAAGGAUCGAGAUAACGAGUUUUAUGUGAGAGGUGUGGAAGCUACCAAAUUUUCUAGUGGAUUGUUAUCAAUGGCCAAGUUCAUACUUAUACGUAAGUGUCCUAAGCUCGCCAAAUGGAUGGGUAUAACACUUUUAAAGCCGACUACAGCAACAUUUUUUAAAACUGUCGUGGCGGAAACCAUUAAAGCGCGUGAAGAUCAUGGUAUAGUCCGACCGGAUAUGAUACAUUUACUGAUGCAGGCUUGGGACAAGAACGACGCCAGCGUACACAAGAUAACUUUGGACGACAUCGUUUCGCAGGCUUUCAUCUUUUUCUUUGCCGGUUUUGAUACAACCUCGACAGGGAUGUGUUUCGCCAUUCAUGAACUGGCGGUUAAUCAAGACGUUCAGAACCGUUUGCGUGAGGAAGUGCAACAUUAUCUCGCCGAAGGGAACGGUGAGAUUUCCUACGACUUGCUAUCGAAGAUGUCUUAUAUGGACAUGGUGAUUUCCGAGGCUCUCAGAAAGUAUCCACCGGCGGUCAUUGUUGAUAGAAUUUGCACAAAGAGAUAUGAACUGCCAUCAUCGCAGCCUGGCUACAAAAACGUAAUUCUCGAACCUAACAGUGUUCUAAUGUUUCCCAUUUACGCUUUACAUCGCGAUCCGCAGUACUUUCCGAAUCCCGACAAGUUCGAUCCCGAGAGGUUCAGCGAAGAUAACAAAGACAACAUUGUACCGUACAGUUAUCUACCAUUUGGUCACGGACCUAGAAAAUGUAUCGGCAAUCGAUUUGCUUUAAUGGAAACGAAGAUUUUGAUAGCUCAUCUUUUACAAAAGUUUACUAUAAAAACUACAGAAAAAACUAUUGAACCAAUUGUAUUCGAUAGAGGCGAGUUUUCGUUGCAACCUGUUGGAGGUUUCUGGGUCAGUUUGGAAAAGAGAGAAAAGUAAAAGUAUUCUAUUGAAAAAGUGUUGCCACAUUUUCAACAUUCAGAAAUAUUCAAUACGUUUAUACACUUCGGUAAAUGAUUAAAGUGUAAAAUAAAAGUUAUUUGAUGUAUUGUGCAAGGCAAAUGGUCGAAUCAAAAGAUUAAGUUUUUAUUAAGAAGAAAUAAAGAAAUACUAGUUUAUAAUAAACAUACGUCGUGACUUGCAUAGAUUCUCAGAUCUUAGUUCUCGACUGUGUUCAUCGUUUUUAAUUACUUACCAUUGAUGUGAAUGAUAAGUGUGAAAAGUGUAUUUAUAUCUUAUCUCUGUUGAUGACAACCUCUGACAUUUAUGUAUUUUUCUCAUGUGUAAAAAUUUUGAUAACAGUAGUUUAUUUUGGAAUUUGGUUUUAAUUUCUACCAAAAAAUUUUUUACUCACUCAAAAUUAACUCACCUGUCUAGCGCAAUCCAUACUUUGGUAAUCCCUAUUCUAUAUACUAUUAAACAAUACAUGCGAAAUUUACAAUAUUUUUAGAAAAACAUAUGUAAAUAAUAUUUCUUAUUAAUAAGAUUUUUCAAAUUUUAAUCCAAGCAGCAAAAUAUGUUUUUAAAAAUAUUUUUAUAUCAGAAAUGUUCUUUUUAUUCCUCUGUCUAAUUUUUAAUUAUCAUCUUUUACUUAACCUUGCUAGUUUGGGCGGAAGAAGUUUUAAUUGUUUAUAUUGUUUAUUAACUUUUUUAUAUAAAAUGAAAACUAAAAAUGA